UGCUUUAGAUGAGCUGGUCAGGAAUUAAAAAUGUCGCCUUCUAGAGACUUAAAAUCAUUGAAAUAGGCCUACUUACUAUUAUUUGAACAUUAUAUUGUAGACAGACAGAAUAUUGGCCUUUAACACAGGUGCUGCUGACUUGAACAGAGCAGCUGUGCUGCACAAUGUGCUCAAGGUCAGCCUGGAGAAGAUGACAAUUGGCAGACAGUUAAGAAAAGGUCGUUUUAAGAAUAUUUUUAUGCAGCUUUAACAUAAAAGACACCAGGUCCUGGGAAAUGGAAACAACUUGAUUCACUAAAAAAGAUCAUUAAUGAAAGUCUAGUUUAGUCAUAAAUUAUUGAUAUUCUCUAUUAAAAGUGCAAUAAAAAGAUUUUGCUCAAAAGUGUCCCGGUUUUUCUCAGAAAUGUUUUAGAUUUCCUUUACUUUUUUUAUUUUUAUUUUUUACUUAUUUUCUGCUCGUUCAUUGUUGUUUUAUGUCUCAUUUAUGUUUCAGUUUUGUUUUUCUGGGGUCAUUCUCUCGUUUUCGGAGAUUCUUAUGUCAUUAAGAAAAUGUUUUUUGAUUGAAAUCUGGUGAGCUUAGACUCUGAAUGUUUGUGCUUCUUAAAAACAUCUUUACUUUUCUUUCCCAAUUCCUUCAUCGAUCCACCAGAUGGCGCGUAAACAUCACCCACCGUGCGCAAAGUAGUAUGUUAUGACAUUUGGAAAAAACUGACGUGCAGUCCAGGAACUGAUCACACGUGGUUUGGCUGGUUGAACGAAUCAUUCAUUUAUCAGGCAGAGACACAGUAACAGUCUGGGCUUCUUGCAGACAGAGCCUGUCUGCCCUCCUGCGGCUGCAGCGUCAGUGAAUGCGGCAGCGGCUCCACGCUGAGGCGCACAGCGAACCAAGCAAGCCGACGGGAAGGGAUCCUUCCGGCGGAGGGGUUCAGGAUGAACGGAAACAUGAAGUGAUGAGGUGAGACGGAGUGACAUGGAGGCACCGCCGCAGCCGAGCUGGGAGCCCACUUUGGCCGAACGGCAGUGACCAAGGCGCAGAACUGGUCGGGAUGGCAGCAUCCAGCAACUCCAGCCUCUCAGGUUCAUCCAUGUCCUCUGUAUACCAGCUACAACAGGAGGCUCCAAGACCAAAGAGGGUCACAUGUCCUCAGGAGAUGGAGACCAGACCUAAAUACUACGGCAGAGAGUUUCAUGGCAUAAUCCCUCGGGAGUAUGCAGAUCAACUGCUGGCAGGGGUGGAGGGUGCUUAUCUCAUCAGGGAGAGUCAAAGACAGCCGGGGACUCACACCUUGGCCUUACGGUUUGGAGAUCAGACACUCAACUACAGGUUGUUUUAUGAUGGGAAGCACUUUGUUGGGGAGAAGAGGUUCGAGUCUGUUCAUGACCUGGUAACGGACGCCCUGAUCACUCUUUACAUCGAGACCAAGGCGGCGGAGUACAUUGCCAAAAUGACCACGAACCCGAUCUACGAGCAUCUCGGUUACACGUCGCUGAUCAAAGACAAGAUGGUGCACAGACUGAGCCGUGCGCGCUCGGAACCCCGCAGAGUCACCUUCCAGAGGGAGGAGAGGAUCUCCUCCCCUUUGCUGAGAAGGAGUGCCCUGAAGGACACCCCUGAGAAGCAGUGCUCCUAUGAAAAGAUCCACAACUUUAAGGUACACACCUUUCGAGGGCCGCACUGGUGUGAAUAUUGUGCAAACUUCAUGUGGGGCCUCAUCGCCCAGGGGGUCCGCUGCUCAGAUUGUGGGCUGAAUGUACACAAACAGUGCUCCAAACUGGUUCCCAGUGACUGUCAGCCUGACCUGCGCAGGAUAAAGAAAGUGUUCAGCUGUGACCUCACCACCCUCGUCAAAGCUCACAACACCAUGCGGCCCAUGGUGGUGGAUAUGUGCAUUCGGGAGAUAGAACUAAGAGGUAUGAAAUCUGAAGGUCUGUACAGAGUGUCUGGCUUCUCAGAACACGUCGAGGAUGUGAGGCUGUCGUUUGACCGAGAUGGCGAGAAGGUUGACAUCAGUGCCAGUGCCUAUGCAGACAUCAACAUCAUUGCGGGUGCUUUGAAACUCUACUUGAGAGACCUCCCCAUUCCUGUCAUUACGUUUGACUUAUACUCCACAUUUAUUCAAGCUGCAAAAAUUCCGAAUGCUGACUGCAGACUGGAGGCCAUCCAUGAAGGGUUGCUUCAGCUCCCCCCAGCACACUAUGAGACGCUGCGUUACCUGAUGGCCCACCUCAGAAGGGUAACAAUGUUCGAAAAGUACAACUUAAUGAGCGCUGAGAACCUGGGGAUCGUCUUCGGUCCGACUCUCAUGCAGCCGCCGGAGCAGAACGCCUUGACGACCCUGAAUGACAUGAGGCAGCAAAAACUUGUGGUGCAGCUUAUGAUAGAGCAUGAAGACGUCUUAUUUUAGGAACAAACGUUUAUUUUCAACGAGGAAACUUAAGCCACCUUCAUUCCGGUGAAGACUCAAAGUUUGCAAUCAGACUCAACUUGAAAGACUUCCUUCUCACAUGACAGUUUCCAUCCAAGCUGGUUAACUGUUGACUUUGUAUUGUUGAUGCAAGUUCUACAGCUCCAUCAGUUGUUUUUUUAUAAAUAUAUUUUGAAAGUUUUCUGUAUUUAUGAACACUUUUUGUGCUGUUUCUCUCUGUAAUUGACAGACUGGUGCUGCCUGGUGUAGACUCAGUCAGGAGGACACUGUGUAAAAUGUGUUGCAGGCAAAUCAUUGAAGGCCUGGUGCCAUGUUACCAAGAGGGUUAAAUGUUUCCACUUGAUACUACAGGAAGGCUGAAUUAAGAAAAAAACCAUCUGCAGACUCUUUCAGUGUGAAUUUAAAAAAAAAAAAAGAUUAAAAAAGAAAUAAGAUGAUUGGGAAAUUAAGAAGCACUUUUUCUGCGACAAAUGCACAGGUGUGCUUUGUGGAGAUCUUUAUUUUUGUCAUCAUAUUACAUGUUCUUGAGAGUGAUUCAUAAAAAAAACAUUUUUAAAAGAAAAAGAUAAUUUGGCUAAUUUAUUGUGUAAGAGGUAACAGCCCCAUCACUCUCUUCUUUUAUUGCCAGUAACAUCUCUGCCGAAGUUUUCUUUUAAAACAGAAAGUGUGCCAAGCAUGUUCCUUUUUACACUUGGUUCAAUGUGAUUCUUGGUUUCUUUCUACAGAUCCAUUUUAUUGAAAUGUAUUUUUGUGAUGUUGUAAUUACAAUUGUAAUUUAUGAAAUGAUUUAUUAAAAGGAUGUGGAGACUUGGAUUUAA